UUGCAGCCAACAUGAUUGACCAUGUAAUCUCAACGUUGCGGAGGAAACUCCAGUCCAUGGACCUGUGGUCAAUCAUCAACCGCUCGCUCUUCUUGAUGAACAUGAUGGGCGUCCAUCCUGCCAAGGUAGGCAGCAGAGUGCAGAGUUUCGUGUUCUUUUUCCUCAUCAUCAACUUCUGCAUAUGCAGUUACUGGAUGGCGAUGUUCUUCUUUGUCAAGGAGGAUAAAGACUUCAUCAUGUUCGUUAUGUCGCUGGAGAAUGUUUUGUGUACUGUGCAUGCGACAUUGUACCUGUCCUGCCUUUACAUCCAACGGCCAAGCAUCAAUCAGCUGCUGACUGAGAUGCGAGACAAAUUCUGGGACAUAUCGAACUAUUCUGACAACGAUUUAGUUAAAGCCCAUGAGGAGAGCGUGUAUAGAGUUAAUGUUAAGUACGUUUCUUUCUGUCUGAUUCUCUUCUAUACAGCUGUCUCGUUUUACUAUGGAAGGAUAGUGACGGACCGAAAACCUAUAGGGGCCAAUUUAGUUUUUGAGUCAUAUUUACCAGAAGGUAUGCCGUUUUGGGUAUUAUUUGCUUGGCAGCAUAUUCCAGCCGUGGCAUUGGUGUCACUUGAGGUGGCUAUGGAUUUCCUGAUUUGCUCUAUCCUGUCUCUAACCGCUAUGCAGUAUAGACUGCUCAGGUACGAACUGGAGCGUGUAUUUGGUGAUUAUCCAGGCAAAAAGGAAGGCGAGGGUGUUAUUACAACAAGGAUCAGAAGGUGCAACGAUCAACUUACAUUCCUGUUAGGGGACUCCAUUGAACACAUGAUAAAGAUCCUUCUGUAUUCUGGAUUUAUGUUCUUUGAAUUUUUUAUAUGCUUUUGCUAUCCAGCUCAAGACUUAACUGCAGGUGCGGAGAAACUAGCCAAUAGCAUAUACUUCAGCGACUGGUCUGAAUAUCCCAACCACCACAGAGAAAUACUUUUGCUACUGGGAAAAAGUCAAAUUAGAGUUGUUUUUACAGCUGGGGGACUUUUGGAAGUGGACCUAAAAACAGGAAUGGCUGCUCUCAAGAGUGUCUUUUCUUACAGCAUGUUCUUACGUACAAUGACCAUGAUAGACUAGUGAAUAUGAAAAAGCACCGUAGGC